CUCGCUGGCCCCGCGGCGUGUUAAUUUUCUGUUUUCCGGACACCAUGGAGGAAGGGAAAAAAAUGGUAGCACAUUGCUCAAGUUGUGUGAGUGGAGAAAAAAUGGGUAUUUGCGUUAAAAAAGACUUUCUUCUUCUGACUGAUGAAGAGUUUGAUUUUGACCUUUCUCUCUCUCCAGCAAGUGGAAACGAAGAUGAAGUUUUUGUUGGACCUUUGGGACAUAAAGAAAAAUGUAUUGCUGCCAAUAUUGAGGCAAACGAAAGUGCUGAAAAGAGCAUACCUGCUUCUGAUGAACUCAUGUGGAGCCCACUUAAAGGAGAGAAAUUUGUGGAAAUCUUCAAAGAAGCUCAUUUGCUAGCACUGCGAAUAGAGACUGAAAGCAAGAAUGAACAGACUAAAAUAUGCCAACCAGAAGAAAAAUUUGUGGAGGACUCAAAGUCAAAAUUGAAAAUACUGAAAAAAGAAAAUAUAGAGAAAAGUCCCAGGGCUGUUAAAAGGGAGACAUACUGUGUGCAGGAUAGCCUGGCAUGUCAGCUGCCAGCUUGUUUUCAGAAGGAAUCUGAUAAACUUUUGUCAGAUGACAAAACACAUGCUCUGUAUACUCCUCCAAAUAGAAGCCCUGUUAAAAUGUGUGUCUCUUCUACAAAAAAUGCCAGUUCACCUCUGACACAAGAACAGAAAACGAAGGAAAGAAAUACAAAGGCGACUGGCAAACUGCCAAUGGCAAAACCUUUAUCUACUCUUGAAAAAGGCAAUCUGUUGAUUACUGAAAAGGUAAACCCAGGAAAACAUAGUAGUGUUUCUACAAAAAGAGACUUGAACAGCAUGGGAUCAUCUGAAGAUCUAAUUUCUGAUAAAUCUAGUGCUGCUUCAGACGUCUUUGAGUCUUCAUUCAGUGGCAGCUUCUUAUUGCAAGACAAAAAGGCCCAUAAUGCAUCAACUAAGGUAAUGCCUAGCUUAAAGAAAACAACACAGCUGAAACUUCCUGGUGUUGCCAGUGGUCUCACAAGAAAGAUGACUACAUCGUCUUUGUUGUCAGUUUCCAGCAUGAACUCCAGUCUGAAUUCAAGUUUACUGAUUUCUCCCAUAAGAAAAAAUGGAAAAUCAAGCACGUCUUCAAAAGGUAGUGUGAGUGGCUCUAAGCUUUCAUCAAGUACAAACAGGCUGGCUAAGGUGUCAUCCUUGCAAGCUGUCAAUACUGAGAAAUCAAGGAGUCAAACAAGAUCAGCUAGUACUCACAAAAUAUCUAAUGCUGCAAGCGUGGCUAACUCUUCAGUUUCCGCAACAUCUGAGGCUGUAGGCAGUGGAAUUCAGAGGCUGAGUUCUGUUCCUGAUCUGCAGAAGCUAUGUCAGCAGAAUAAAGAUGGAAGUGGAAUGAAAGGAAGUCUCUGUCCAAAGCCCAGGGCUAGAAUUUUGUCUGUUCCUACAUGUCAAACUAAGGUUUCAAUGAAAACUGGAGACACACCAAAAGGAACACCAUCUCAUCGAUCAACAUUCUGUGGCACACCUGGAAGUGCAAUGGCAGUCAGCACUCCAGUGAAAGCUGCAGAAGAUGGGAUCUUUCAGAAUUUGGGGUUUCCUAAAAGGUCUGUCUCCAUGACUCCUGCCAGUCUGAAGCGGUCUGGCUUGCCUACACCUGUUCGUCGUAUCUCAGGAUUUCCAGCAGUGACUCCUAGAACUGCACCAAGAAUGGCAUCUUCUCCACACGUGGGAUCCAUUUGCCCAAUUUCCGACUUCUCUACCAAGAAGACUCUGGCAGCUGGUUCUAAGCAGACAAAACAGAGUAAGACACAAGUAUCUUCUUCAGAAGAUGAUGUAUCUCCUCCACCUGUGCUACCUCUGGCACUUAACUUCUCACCAGAAAAGACUGCUACAGAAGUGGUAAAAAACAAAUUAAAAGAGGAUGAAGUACAGAAUCAGCUGACUGAAGACAAGCAAACUGAGGUUUUGCUGGUAGAUAUUGGAGAAGAUAAACCUCUCCCACACAAUUUGGAAUGUGAAAGUAAACCUCUUAUUGAUCUUUCCAAUACUCCUGAACUGAGUAAAAUUGCUCCUCUAAAGCCUAUAUUCUCAGAGCAGCUAAAGCUAAUUGAUCUGAGUUCACCUCUUAUCACUCUGAGUCCUGAUGUCAACAAAGAAAAUCUAGAUUCCCCUCUACUCAAGUUCUGAACUGGAGGGAAAUGAAGACUUACUGGCAUCUGUGAUUUUUUUCUUUUGAAGUGUUUAGGUGUUGUUUUAGUCAUACAGGUUCUCUUCUUUUAAUAUGGCCAUAGAUUACCUGAAGCUGUGUUAACAUAAUAGAAUUGUAAGUCUUGAUAUAGUCAGAGUCUGAUUUAAUGUUUCUGAUCAUGGGUGUAUUUAAUCUGUUCCUGUCAUGCAAAAGCCUGUCUAUUUUUAUUUCUUUCUAGUUGUCCUUUGAUCUAUCCCUUGUGUACAAUGAAGAUUUAAUUUAAAAUAAAUUGUUUACCAACUUC